AUGGAUAGAGUAGUGAGAGAGUUGGCGUCGAAGAAGGCGGCGGUGAUCUUCACCAAGAGCUCCUGCUGCAUGUGCCACAGCAUCAAGCAGCUCUUCUACGAGCUCGGGGCCAGCCCCGCCAUCCACGAGCUGGAUCGCGAGGCCCAUGGAAGAGAGCUGGAGUGGGCCCUCAGAAGUCUGGGCUGCCCCGCCGUGCCCGCCGUGUUCAUCGGAGGGAGAUUCGUGGGCUCCGCCAAAGAGAUCUUGUCCCUUCACCUCGAUGGCUCCCUCAAGCAGAUGCUUAUACAUGCAAAUGCCAUCUGGUUCUAG